CUGACGCUACCACGUGCAGUGACAUCUUUCACGUUGUCACGCUCAAUACAUGACAACACCAGCCUUGUCUCCCCUUGCCGGUUGGAGCCAUUGAUGCAGUCCGUGUCUGUUGGUCCAAGAUUAUCGUGGUCGUCUCUCUGUCGUGUUGCUGUCAUUUUCAGAAAAGGUUUAGAACCGAGAAGAAGGUUGCAUUUUCUGUACAGACAGACUAGAUCAGAAAGGCAGCAUUUCCGGGUCGACAAAACAACAACAGCGUUUCAUUUGUCACAUACGUGUCGAGUAGCGACUUACCAUAGUCUAAAACCUCUCAGAUCCGGGUGUACACCCUUGGCAAGAUUUUUCAGCACCAUGCCAGAAAAACGCGAGUUCAAACGCCUUCCUACCGAUGUUGUACCAUCAAACUACAACAUUCGUUUGAAACCAGAUCUGGACGCGUUUGUGUUUCAGGGUGAUGAAGAAAUAGAUGUAGAGGUGAAGACUUCCACAGACACAGUGACUGUCAACUCACUCGACAUAACCAUCAAUGAAGUUACAUAUGCAAGUGGAGACAAGACCAUGUCAGCUGAGGUGUCGACAGACAAGGAAGCGGAAACAGCCUCUUUCAAGUUUCCCUCGGCUCUGGAGCCAGGUAAAGGUGUGUUGAAGGUGAGCUACAAAGGGGAACUGAACGACAAGAUGAAAGGCUUCUACCGCAGCAAGUACACCAUGCCGAAUGGGGAGGAGAGGUUUGGAGCUGUCACACAGUUUGAGGCCACCGAUGCUCGUCGGGCUUUCCCUGGCUGGGAUGAGCCAGCAGUUAAGGCUUCGUUUGAUGUCACGCUUGUUGUGCCGAAGGAUAAAGUAGCUCUCAGCAAUAUGCCUGUAAAGUCUGACACCCCGGACAAGGAUCCAAACUGGCGCGUGGUAGUGUAUGACAGAACGCCCAUCAUGUCCACCUACCUCCUGGCCUUCAUCGUCGGAGACUACGACUAUGUGGAGGGCAAGGAUGCAGAUGGUGUCCUUGUGAGAGUCUACACACCUGUGGGCAAGAAGGAGCAAGGAACCUUUGCUCUUGAUGUAGCUGUGAAAACCCUGCCAUUCUACAAAGAUUACUUCGGCAUUCCAUACCCCCUACCAAAGAUGGAUCUGAUUGCUAUUGCAGACUUUGCUUCAGGUGCCAUGGAGAACUGGGGCCUGGUGACGUACAGAGAGACGGCGCUGCUGGUAGAUACCACUAACACCUCAGCCAGGGUGAAGCAGUGGGUGGCUCUAGUUGUAGGACAUGAACUUGCUCAUCAGUGGUUUGGUAACCUGGUUACAAUGGAAUGGUGGACCAACUUGUGGCUCAAUGAGGGCUUCGCGUCAUGGAUCGAGUAUCUGUGUGUGGACGAGUGUUUCCCCGAGUAUGACAUCUGGACCCAGUUUGUCAACAUGGAUCUGGGCCGGGCCCUGGAGCUGGACGGCCUUCACACCAGUCACCCUAUUGAGGUCCCAGUCGGACACCCAGCAGAGGUGGAUGAGAUCUUUGAUGCCAUCUCCUACAGCAAGGGAGCUUCUGUCAUCAGGAUGCUGCACGACUACCUUGGAGACGAGGGGUUCUGGAUUAGAAUUGGUCCCCGAUUGAAUUGGAGCCCAUGCCAGUCAUUAGGGACUUCCAAGGGAAUGAACAAGUACCUGACCCAGCACCAGUACAAGAACACCGUCACUGAGGAUCUGUGGGCUUCCCUGGGAAAAGCCAGCGGGAAGCCGGUGGCCAAGAUGAUGGACACUUGGACCAAACAGAUGGGAUUCCCAGUCAUCAAGGUGAGUGAGAGGCAGGAUGGAGACAAGCUUCUCACAGUCACACAGGAGAAGUUUUGUGCUGAUGGUAAAUUACCUGCAGAUGACAAGUCCAGCUGGUUGGUGCCCAUCAGCUUCUCCACAGCCAGCAGCCCUGCCGCCCCUGUCAAGACCAUCAUGCUGGAGGGGAAGAGUUCAGAGGUCACACUAGACCAUCAUGCUGGAGAAUGGGAAGUCAACACCAACACAGUGGGUGUCUACAGAGUACAGUACCCUACAGAGAUGCUAGCAGCUCUGAUCCCGGCUGUCAAGGACAGAUCCCUUCCUCCCAGAGACAGACUCGGACUCCAGAAUGACCUCUUUGCACUGGCCCGAGCUGGCAUGGCUGCAUCAGAGGACGUACUGAAGGUGGCCGAGGCCUUCAUCAACGAGGACAACUACACAGUGUGGAACGACCUUUCCCUUAACCUUUCUAGCAUGGCCGUCCUACUCCAGUACACAGACUCCUACGACCUCUACAAGGCCUUCGCCCGUGACCUCUUCUCCCAGGUGGCCAAGACAGUGGGCUGGGAUAAGAAAGAGGGCGAAAGCCAGCUGACAGCUAUGUUGAGAGAUCUCAUCCUGACCAAGAUGGGUCGCUAUGGUGAUGAGUCGACAGUAGUAGAGGCAAGGAAGAGGUUUGAGAGCCACUACAAGGGAGAUAAUGUCAUCCCAGCAGACCUCAGGGCUCCGGUUUUCAUCACAGUCCUGUCUCAAGGUAAAAGUGAAGACUUCGACAAGAUGCUGGAGCUCUACGACAAGGCCGACAUGCAAGAGGAGAAGAGUCGUAUUGGACGAGCUCUCGGUGCAGUGAAAGACGAGGAGCUGAUAAAGCGUGUCCACGAGUUUGCUAUGACUGACAAAGUACGUGCCCAAGACACAGUGUUUGUGCUCGCUGGGGCCACUGGCUCUGCCAAGGGGAGAGAACUCACUUGGGCCUUUGUGAAAGAAAACUGGAAAGAAAUGCAUGAGAGAUAUCACAGCUUCCUGUUAGCCAGGCUUGUCAAGUCAUCCACAGAAAACUUCGCAACAGAGGAAAUGGCUCAGGCAGUUGAGGAAUUCUUCAAGGCCAACCCUGCCCCAGCUGCAGAAAGGACAGUGCAGCAGUCUGUAGAGAACAUCCGACUCAACGCUCGGUGGAUGAAAGAUUCGGCAGACAAAGUUUGCCAGUUUUUAAAAAACAGAAAAUAAAAUCGUGUCAUAUUGCCAGAUUGUGAUAAACAAUUUUUCCUACUUUCAGGAAAACAGCAAAAUAAUUUUUACUUUAUGUAUGAGUCUAUUGGUAAGUGAAAGAUAUUUUUUGACGAAUUUUUCAAGUUUUUUGUUUUUGCAAUUUAGCAAAUAGUCUCAGGCCAUUAAGUUUGCUGACUUAUACUUUGACGUUAGAUAGCUAAUUUAUUGUUAGGACCACACCGUCGGUGAUCAGCUUUACUUGAUUAUUGUACAAUUCCAUCCAGUCAUUUUGCAAAUACCAUUACAAGUACAACCUGAAAUAUAUAUAUAUGACAAUCCAUGGAAUCAAUAUACACUAAAGAAAUAGUUUCAGAUUCAGAAGGGAAAGUGAUGAUGUAGAUACAGCCAUAACAUACCAGUAAAGAGAAAUAUUCUCAUGAAGGACAGAUUUCAUAUUGAUAUUAUUUCAGAGCCAGAGAUUGGAAACCAAAACUGUAAAAAUAUGUUAAUUAUGAAGUACAUACAUCGUAAAAUUGAUUUUGUAUGACUGAGUUAAAACUUGUAUUGAUUCAUUUUGUACAGCAUUACUUGUAUAGACUUAUUACAUGAUAGAAAGAGUGCUUGCUCGGGUUAUGUAAACUUACAUUUAUAUAUUUAGCAUUCGUUGUCUUUAAAGGUCUAAUUGAUCUGGAAAGUUAGCAUCAGAAGUGCUAUUCUGUAAAUGAAAUGUUUUAUUGAUACUCGGAGAAAACAUUCCAUGUAAAAGUUGUAAAGGUUUUGUUAAUGCACUGGCAUGUUGUUAAUGAAAGGACAGCAGAUUGUCUCCCCUGGAGUUCUAUUUAUUGCCGGUUAUUAGAUACUGACCAAGAAAACUCACAUUGUCCACUUUGCCUUGACUAUCAUCCGCUUUGUUAUGAUGAUAUCCAGGAAUUUGUUAUAUUUCAAAUAUUUGACUUGAGAAUGGCUAAUUGAAAUUUUGAGAAUAGAAUCAUGAUUUAACAUUUUGGUUUUGCCAUGUAACCUUGAUGAUUAUAUGUGAGUAUUAUCAAAUAUCAAGAUGUAAUGUUUCUUAUGCUCCACAGUUAUCCAUUAUAGACUUGAAGUGUGUAAUUUUCAGUUCCUAUAAUGGUAAAUAAACUGUAUUAAACUCCCGGCACAGUGGGACCAGUGGAAAUUUUCAUAAUUUCUGGAUGAGCUUGGAGAAGGAGUAGACUCUGGAGCAGAUUUGUUCAGAUAAACAGGGGUUCACUGUAUGCAGUUUUCUACCAAGGAGGGCACACAGUAAACCAAACAGUUACUGCUGAUUAUCCAACGCAUCUCAUUUUGAGGUGCUCACUGUUAUUCACAUCAAGUGGUGUGUAGGAAAGGUGUCGUCUGUCUGUCAGUCUUGUUUCUCGUCUUGUUGUAAAUUUGGAUUUUUGUAUAAUGGUUAUGGCCCUUGUUAAUCAGAAUCAGUUUGCCACAUUUUUAAUCAAAAAUGCCAAUUCGAUAUCUUUGAACUCUAUAUUUGACAGGUCACAGCCAUACACUAAUUCUCGUCUGAUAGUCGAGUGUAUACUUGCUAACACUAUUGCUCUAUGGACAUUAUUUAUCAGUUCAUUGCCUUAGUCCAGCAGGCUGACACUCGGUUGUUUCACAUGAAAUCAGCUUUACGUUGCUGAAGCAUUCUCAUUUAGAUCCGAUCAAGGUUCUUGUUUCCGAUCAACAGUGAUCUGAGUUCAUCCCAUUGCCUUAACAUCACAAUGACCUAUCAUCUGACCAAUCACAUUGAAGCUGAACAUAUCAAGGUAAAAAUACCGUUAUGCUUUUAAAUCAUACAACCCAUGGUGAGUUCUCUUAAUCUCGGCCAUUUAUAGGACAUAAAUUACAGAAUUGUCUUGUGUUUAGUUGUCAGAUUUUGGCGAGAGAACUUUGUCCAGAUAAUUCUGGAAAUGUAAUCUGGAAUGGAAGUUGCCAUGGAAACUAGUGCUAUAAUGCUUAUGAAAACUGUUUUCUGAUUGCAUAAUGUCCACCUCUUAGUAGACAUUUCCCGGUGGUCAAAAUUUGUGAAAAGUCUGGACAAAUUUUGUAAUGGGAUGAACUCAGAUCUUUUUAAGUGGUAGCAAGAACUAAGAUUUGAUUUAAAGGAGAUGGAUAUUUACUAAUUUUUAUGUGCGAAGAAGGUAUUCCAUGAUCCAUAAAUCCUAUUUGUUCUGGGGAUACAUUCCUGUUGACAGAAAGAAGCGUUUGAGUGCACUAACACAUGGGUUCAUUAUGGUAGACAACAAAGCAAAUGAUAAAAUCCUGGUACAUACUUUUUGUACAUUAAACAAAGAACGAAGCAUGAAGUUCCUAAUCAAUAAUUUUAUGUUUUGUUAGUGUUAUACGGAAACUGAUCUUGUUGCUGUUACAUUUUUUUAUAACGGCUUUAGUCUUCAUGUUUGUUGAGAUAUGAUGUAAGUAUUUGUUAUAGAAAUACCUGGUACUUGUCAUGUUUUUUGUGAUUGCUAAAAGGUCAUACGGAUGUUUUUUUCCUAAUGCUUUGGUUUAUUCUUUAUCUCUAUGCAAUUCGUCUUUGUUUCGCUUUGUGAGCCCAUAUUGUUUUUUCAGCAGUGUUUUUAUUUGAACAUUUCUGUGCUAAUUUUGCAUUUUGUUGACUUUCUUUCAUGUGCUAAUAAUUGUUGUAUGUGCAUCUCAUAUUAGUGCCCAAAAUAGGGAAAAGGAUUCAAUAGAUGGUGUAUACCUAUGGACUCUGCCAGUGCUGUUAUCAUGAAAAUAGAGAUAAAUGUUAAAAGUCACAUUUUCUUUGUUCAACAAAGUACAAAGUUUGUGUUUAAAAUAUGUCCACAAUAGGUUGAUCUGUAAGCAAGACAGAAGCUUCAACAUCUCCAUCUAUAUGGCAUCAAACACUGAAACAAACAGACCUCCAAUCUCAAACCAAUCAAAAUAUCUAACCUCAUAGAACUAUCUGGACCUGCUCACACUCAACAUUGUGCCCAAAUCUGCAGCAAAUGUUUGUAAAAAAUGAACAAUGGAAAUUUAGAAGUUCCCUGUUAAUAUAAUGACCAGCAAAAGAAACGCAAUUCGAGAAAUCAAACCAAUUGUGUUAAAGUAUCACAUCCAAACUCAUGCUGAAAAAGUGGAAUUUUCAUGAAUUCUAAGUUGAGUUUUUAUUGCUGGGCAGUACACGAUUCUAACCAGUCUGAUGGUUUGUCAUGAUGACUUUGUUUCCUUAACUCAACAAUCCUGGAGAGAACGCGAUAUUACAUUCACACUGAGAUGUCUCUGUUUUAAGAACUUUAAAUUCAACCUUAUUUUGAAUAAAAUCACAAAAACACAAGGGCACUCAGUUCAAAAUACUCAUAAAAGAAAAAAGUUUGUUUUUUUUAAGUGGAAAUUGUACACAGAUACUAUUAUUUCCAGCGUUAAUAGAAAUCAUUACCAGGCUGCAUGAGGACCCUCUGACCAAAUUCUUCAGGCUCCGCAGGUUGUGAUAAAUAAUUUUUAUUUACAUCUGGAUGUAAGAGACCAUAGAAAUUUGAAACCAUAGGCUCAUAUGAGAUAAGGCAACCACCGACCUUGGUGCAGGUACUUGCUUCAAACACUAAUUGUUUCCCUGCCACAAUGGUCUAUAGUCAGUUGCUUUACAAACUUACCAGGAUUUCUGGAGUUUCCUCUUGUUUUUGUUAGCAAGCUUGAUGUGUGUGCUGAGUGGCCCAUCUAUGAUCAGUCUCAUAAAGAAUUGAUUAGAAGUCAGAGCUUAUUUAUCUUGUUACUGUUCGGUAUUGACAUAAGUACAUCAGUCCUGUGUUGAACCUCAGACUUUCAAGAGGCAGACAUGUGAAGCAUUUGAACUGCAGAAAUUUUGACUGUUCAGAUGUACUACUUUUCAGCCAUGUUCAUACCAGGCUAUUGGGGAAAAGGUGUUACCUUGCUCAUUAAACUUGUAUAAAUAUGUCUUAUUUUAGUAUGGAGGUAUUCCUUUUUUUACCAGGGAGACAUUGUUUUGAAAUGUUAUCACAAGGAUCUGAUAUUCUAUAUUUCCAACUUAAUUUGAGGUUUAAAUAAACAAAAAUGAUCAUACAUAACUUUUCCAUGGGUAACGUCUAGUAUCCCACAUUUAGGCUGUAUAUAAAUGUGAUUAAUGGACAAAGGUUUGCCCAUUUUGCUUUUUGUAUUGUCAUGUUUGUUGAAGUGGAGUGGCCAAUGUUACAAUGUUUAUUGAGGAGUGCCACCAUCCUCACAGCGCCACCAUCCUCACAGCGCCAGGACCAGUGAUGAAUGAUGGUGUAUAGUACUUACACCAAUAAAGAAGUCAACCGUCA